AUGGGUGCUCCGUAUUUUUUUAUCUUGCUUUGCGGCAUCUUUCUAGCCAUUGCCCACGCGUCUCCACUUGAUGGAUUUACUCACUCGAAACGGGCACUUGAUGUCGACACCAAGCUCACACCGCUCAUCGAGUCAUUGAAUCUUGAACGGCCCUCAAAUGACCAUCACAAGCGAAAUGAUGAACCGAUCAUCGAGCUGGAGGACUUCAAGCGUUUCAACGGCGACCAUAAGUCGUUCUACGGCUUUGUCUCAAGGGACAAGAUAGGCCGGGAAAAGACUGGUGACGAGGCCGCGAGACUCGUGAAAGAGUUGGCCUCGCAGGGUUAUAGCUACGCCUUCUGCGACAAUGGCUUGUCCAACCUGGUGGCGGCUCUCUAUAUUCCUGACCUCGGCGUGUUCGUGGGAUCGAUUCCACGAAGCAAAGAUACUGCCCUGAAACUAUACGACAUGGCCAAGAAAUGCCCGGAUUAUUCCAAUCGGAUUCUUCGUAGGCUACUUGGAAAGAAGCCUGAAGACUCGGAUGAACCAGAAGCGCAGCUGCAUGCCGAGGAUAUGGUUAUGACCAACGCCAUCGCGAUGAUGGCCGAAAAUGGCAUGAACCCGGAUGAGGGGUUAAUGCACAAGCGGAUAGCGCAACAUCUUCCCGCGCACCAGCAUGGGAUAGAUCUAUCCACGACAGGUCUGACCACAUCCGCUAUCGCCGAGCAAGGCAUUGCAAAAGUGAUCACAGAACUAGGAUCCCCAGCUUCAUCCUCUUAA